ACUUACUAUUAUUCUCUCACAUAAUUUCGAAUUUUGACAAAAUAAAAAAUAAAAAAUCACUUAUCAAUGGAUUCUUAUUAGUAUAAACUACUACUCUCUCCGUGUCCCAAUUUAUGUGAUACAGUUCACAUUUCGAGAGUCAAACAAGAAAUUUUUUUGACCGCAAUUUAUUUAUAUAUAUGUCUUUUAAAUAUUUGAAAUUAUUAAUUAUUGUAAUUUAAAUAUAUAAAUUAUUUUUUAAAAAGCUUAAAAGAUUGUUUGCCCAAGUUGUAUUUUCUCAAGUUGUACUUAUUAGUUAAGUGGGGGUGUUUGGACAUAAAGAAUUGUGAAAUUUGGAAAAAUGUGGUACCCCUUUGUCUCAAUUUAUGUGAUACUUUUCGUUUUUUCGAGAAUAGUUUGACGAAACUUUGAAGUUAAAUUGGAUUACAUUAACUUAAUAUUUUAAGAUUAAAAAUUUCAACUUUUCGUGAAAUAAUACAAUCUUAAAAUGAUAUGGUGAAAGUUAUGCAGUUUGAAUCUCGGGAAGCGAAAAGCAGGGAGUAUUUGUUUUCAAGUUGAGAAUGGUAUUAGGAAAUUGGAGUUGAUUUUUCGGAUUUUUGUCAGUUGUUUGGAGUGAUAAUUGUGAAAACAGAUAUUUGGAGUUUUUUGAUGAGUUGAAUUCCGGAAAAUUGUAACAAUUCUAUGUCCAAACAGUUUUCCGGAAUAAUAUUCCGGAAAAAAAGUGAAAACGCAUUAUGGCAUUACGAUUUCCAAGGUUUAGCCAAUGCUUAGCUCAGGACCCCACUACUCGUCGUAUUUGGUUUGGUAUUGCUACCGCACAUGACUUCGAGAGUCAUGAUGAUAUUACACUUUAUCAGAAUAUUUUUGCUUCUCACUUCGGUCAAUUAGCAAUCAUUUUUCUGUGGACUUCCGGAAAUCUGUUUCAUGUAGCUUGGCAAGGAAAUUUUGAGUCGUGGGUACAGGACCCUUUAUAUGUAAGACCUAUUGCUCAUGCAAUUUGGGAUCGGCCAAACGGGAAUUAAGUAUCAUUUUCGAUUUGUUAGAGCUUUUUUUGUAGAUUUUACGCAAGAAUCUUCUUGUAGUAAAAGAACCUGAAUUGAAGGGAAUGAAUACUGAUGAUUCAUAAAGAAGAUUUUAACUUGUUCGGGAUUGAAGUGUAGUUAAUCGAUGAUUUGCUUUUCUUGUGGUGAUGACUCCAAACUUCUGGUAAUGUGGUAUUUAUCAUUUGUGCUUUGAGUGUUUAAUUCCUGGGGUUCAAGUCACAAAUUUUAGUAGGCGUUUGGCCAUGAGAACCAACUAUUUUUUCACUGUAUUUGGAAUUUUGGAGUUGAAAUUGAAGAUGGAGUUGCGUUUGGUUAUAGUUUUUGCAAAGAGUUCUUGGUUGUUUGAAUGUAUUGAAAGUGAAAAAAGUGAAAACACGGUUUUAGUUGUUUUCCAAAUUUGGAAUUUUCAUGGCCAAACGCUGAUUUCCAAAUAAAGUGAAAUAAUUUUCCGGAAAAAAAGUGAAAAUUCUCAUGGCCAAACGGGGUCGUAUAACAAAAUGCUCAGAUGAUCGGAAUGAAUUUAAGUUUCUAACUGUUUCAAAUUGUAAUCAGUUGGUUUAUGUAAAUAGUAUGUGAGAGAACGUGAUGAUUAUUAUCUUUAGUAACUAUUAAUAAUUUGUCUACUAGAGUAGUAACUAGGAAGAACGUAACCCCGCACCCACCCCAAAAAAGUAGUAGCAGUAGUAAUUAGUGGGGAGUGCACUGUUAUACAACACAACAUUUUUUUUAAUCUACAAUAGCUAACAAAUUUCCUUUUUUUUAGUAUUUUUGUGUUCCAGGGUGAUGUUAAUUUUAUCCGUCUUGGAUUUCCUUACUACUUUUUGUUUCGAUAUAAAGAUGGCAUGAUGCAUGUUGAAAAAAUAAUACUAAUCCCGGGACCCCAUGCAUAACGAGAGCUUAGUGCACCAGGCUGCCCUUUUUAUUUAUGGAUCUCUGGAAAUGGGAAACCCCAUACCGUAAUCCUCUAUCAUGGACAACGGUUUUUUAUUCACAUUUGUCCAUUGGUAACUUCACCCAAUCUUAUGGUUGGAGGAGGGUCCUUACCACUAGACAACCCCUCUCUCAUUAAUAGUGCUUAUAGAAUAUUGCAAAUGAGAAUCAUCAUUUUUGUUGCAUCAGUGUUGAUGUCCAAUUCUGUAGCAGGGAGGAAAACCCUUUUCUUUUAAUGCAAGGCGAAUAAAUUCUGUCAGGGGGAAUUUAUUCCUGCAAAAUAUCUAUUUAUUCUUUUGAUUCCUUUUGCAUUGCGGGUGUAUGGUAUUAGUAGCCAAGAUUUAUAAGUUGACGUGACUAAAUAAUGCGAAAUGAUUAUUCAGACACAAUUAGGGGUUAUUUGGUCUAGAAAUGUUUUAUGCAAGGAUUGGCACUAUAGAUAUUAGGAUUUAACUGAGCUUAUUGUUUGAACAAAAAUCUUAAAGAGACUUCCUUUUCGAAUUUUAUAGCCACGUCAUAUGACGGUUCAUCCUGAUUGAUGCCAUCUUGUAAGUAGCAAGUAUACAUGGUUGCGCAUGACUGCUAUUUCCUGUUAGCGGAUUUCUCUUUCUGCUACUUAUAGUAAUUCGUGCAUAAGGAGGAAAUUCUGUGGCUCCAAAAAAGAACAGGAAACAAAGCAAUAAAGCUGCUGAAUCUAGUUCUAGAAGUACUAUUGCUGAAAAAAAAGCUCCCCGGGCAAUGAAGGGUAAACGCAAACUUGUAAAAAAGUUCUCUCACAUAAACUCUGCACAAACCAAAGAAGCUGCACAAAUGCAAGCCAGAAAUAAAGACAAGAAGGCAAAAAAUGGCAACCAAGGAAAUGAUGUUGGUGGAGAAGAUGCUAACAAGUCUCAAAAUAUUAAUCAAGGGAACAAAGAAAUGGAUACGAGUGAAAGACGCGGAGAGGUGAGUAAGGAUGAAAAGGAUGAAAAGAGCCUCGGUCUAAAUGAAGGACGGCGAGAGGUGAAUAGGGAUGCAAAAACUUUAAAUAGUCUUGGUGGAGUAAUUUUCAUGUGCAAUGCAAGAACAAAAGAAGAUUGUUACAGAUAUCGCGUGAUGGGUGUUUCUGCAAGCAAGCAAGACUUUGUGAUGGGAGUCAACCCUGGUCUUAAGCUUUUUCUCUUUGAUUUCGAUCUUAAGCUCAUGUAUGGUAUUUAUGAGGCAUCUUCUGCUGGUGGAAUGAGACUUCAACCAGCGGCAUUCGGUGGGGCCUUCCCUGCUCAGGUUCCUUUUAGGAUUCACAAGGAUUGCAUUCCACUACCGGAGAAUGUGUUCAAGAAAGCAAUCAAAGACAAUUAUGAUGAAAAGUCCCGCAAGUUUAAGACCGAGCUGACAGUUAUGCAGGUGGAGAAGUUAACAGAGCUGUUUAGACCUGCACCAUGGUUUGAUCCAACUCUCAAACCAGUACUACAGGAUCCUGUGGCUCGGCCAGCUACUCAGCGCUCUGCGGCCCCACCUUUACCUGCUCGGAAUUUCUCACCACGUGAUCAUGGAAGGCAGCAGUUUGCAGAUCGCUAUGUCAUGCCUAGAGAGGUUUCCCAUAAUCCACAUUUUCUUACUGAGAAAGAAUACAGAAGCUAUGGUCUUCAACAGGCAAACCAUAUGCAGCCCUCUACUUCUGCAGUACAUGUUAACCACAAAUUAGAUCAUUAUGGAUCUGUACAAGGAACAACACAACAGCUCCUGAGAGCCCCGUCACAGAAUGAACAUGUUUACCCCGAUGCUCACUUUCCAAGUGAAAGGGAAUACCGUAGUUACGGUCUUAAUAGUUACCAUGGGCAACCUGUUACUGUUGCUCCUCGUGUAGAAAGUAGUAAUACAGUGGCUGCAGCUAAUGUAAAUCCUUACGAUGAGAGUACCACCUCGCUUGUGAACCGGUAUCUUUCUCUGCCAAGGACAACGAUAAGACCUGGAGAGUUGCCUUCGACGGGCAGAGAGUCAUUUGCUAGUGCUUCCAACUAUGUGAGUGACAUCAGAGGCUAUCCAGGAAGAUUGCCUGCUGAAAACGUGAGAUUUUAUCCACCAAAUGUUCCUCAUGCGCUAUCAGGUCACAGCCUCAUAUAUCAGCAUCCUAGAGAUGAGCCUGGAAAAUCAUCGUCAGUCUUACCUCAGUAUCCUUUUGCUGGCCCACCUGCAUCACGCCGCUGAAACUAUGCUGCAAAGUGCAUCCAUCCCUUAAUGAUGCCUAUGGUGGCUCCAACGGACUCCAGAAUCCAAAAAAUUGUUUUAUUGUAUUUCACAUAUCCUUGCUGUACAAGCUGGGAAAUAAUCCUGAUGGCCUCCGAAUAUCCAGGUGGAGGUGUGGGGGGUCCUUGUAUUGGGUUAACGAGAAAAAAAAAAGGAAGAAAGGCCGGAUACUUUGCUUCACUUCUUCAGACAACUUGAUGUUUGUUCGUAUCUUUAGUAGGGUCCUGAUGAUGAAUGCUUGAACUAGAACUUCAGGAUUCUGAUGGGAGUCACAUUUAACUGUAAGGUUAUAUCACAGGAACAGGUCAUGAGGCACUAGGUUCUUUAACCUAUAUGAACUCUGCAAAUAUAAUGGAUAGUGGCGUAUGCCGGUGCAGCAGCUGCUCAGUUUGUGCAAGAUUUACCUAGGGAAGUUUGUCACAGCUAUAAAUCCCAUUUGCAAGAUGGGUCUCUGCUCAACUCCAGUACUCUCUCUUCGGUUUCAAGGCGCCUCCAAUGUGGAAGAGAUGCAUCUCCAUCAAAUUGAAGAUGAUUUUUUGGUAUACUAUGUACAAUACUUUCUGUUUCUAGUGGAUUAUCUAAGGUUUUGCCUAUACACAGACCUGUGAUGGUGUCACUUCUAUAUGAAAAAAGUAAAACAGUUUUUGAACA